UUUAUUGAAUAAAACUGAGUAAUACAAGAUGGACGUAAUUUUGUCGUCGUCCAAUCACAAUUUUUACUUUAUUUUUUUGUUUGUGAAAACUAUCUGAAAUUAAUACUAUACAGCACAAUAAGUAAAAGUUCUAGUAAAAAAUUUGUACGUCGGUAAUUUGUUGAAAACAUAAACAGGUAUCAAUAGCGUGUUUUUCUUGAUUAAAUUUUUGCAUUGCUACGCCUCUGUGGUUUUUCCAAUAGUGUGUACAUAGGUGCGUGCGUGUGUGUAUCGCAGAAAACGGCAAUUUUUUGUUUGGUGAAAAAUCGAAGUUACGCCGCUGCAUCUGCAUUGGUUCAACGGCUCGCGUUAUUUGUAUUUGUGAAAAUUGGGCUAAAAUAUAAUUUUUUUUCAACUAAGCAACUAUAAAAAAAGAGUUUAACAAGAUCAAAUAUAUAAGUCCACCUAAAAGUUUGCAAAUUGCUUACAUAUAAAAUAGUUGGUGGAGUGAAACUACUAUUCGAAGUGAUUAAGUGCACUCGAGGACAGUGAUUUAAAGGUUAAUCUUAAGCAGCUGUUCUUGUAGCAGAGAUUUUACUGAAAGUUGACCAUACUAGAUUGUGUGCAACCUUAAAUAUAUAAAUCUCAGUACAUCACAAAAUACUUAUUCACAUAUAUAUAAAGCAAAGGUGUGUGGUCUCAAUAUUCCUGUUGUUGAAACGACGUUGCAACCGAAGCUACAGCGACACUAAAGCAAGUAACAGUGCAACGGAAGACGCUUGAAAACAGCAGAAGCACACAACAACAAAACAACCAGUUUAACUCACAUUUUUCCUACGCCAACGAAAUUCAAAAGAAAAAGUACAUUAAAAGAAUAGUUUACAUCUGCAGUGGAACUAACAGGCCUUGCGCACAUCCUUAUAUCAUUUUCACAUACACAGAUACAACACACACAUAUAUAUAUAUAUACCUUCAUCUAGUUCAAAUAUCAAAUUACAUACACUGAAUAAUUGCCAAGAUGACUGAGGAUACAGAAUACAAGAAAUUACCUGUCGAUGAACGUUGCGUGCACAAAUUGUGGAAGGCACGUGUGGAUGGCUAUGAGGAAGCGGCGAAAAUUUUCCGUGAAAUCGAUGAUGAAAAAUCACCGGAAUGGAUGAAAUUUUUGGGUCUUAUUAAGAAGAUGGUCGUCGAUUCAAAUGUGGUAGCACAAGAGAAAGGUCUCGAGGCAGCGCUAAUUUUCGUCGAGAAUUGCGGCCAUGCCGGCAAAACGGUGGGCGAAGUUAUGGCCGGCAUUGUGCAGAAAUGUAUUGCCGCACCGAAAGCCAAAACUAAAGAUUUGGCUGUACAAGUGACGCUCAUGUAUAUUGAGAUCGAAAAACAAGAGGCUGUCAUUGAGGAACUCGUCAAGGGUAUGGAGCAUAAGAACCCAAAAAUUGUGUCCGCCUGUGUGUCGGCCACAACAUUGGCGCUGCGCGAUUUCGGCAACAAGGUGGUGGGCGUAAAACCGCUAAUUAAGAAACUAGCACCGCUAAUGAGCGAUCGUGACAAGAGUGUGCGCGACGAGGGCAAACAAUUAGCCGUGGAAAUAUAUCGCUGGAUUGGCGCCGCAAUGAAACCACAAAUCACCUCAUUGCCACAGGUCACGCUGAAAGAACUCGAAGAUGAAUUUGACAAACUCAAGGGAGAAAAGGCUGAACCAACAAGAUAUUUGAAAUCACAACAGGAGAAACAACAACAAAUCUCUGCUGCCGCCGCAGAGCAGGAGGAAGCUGGAGAUGAUGAAGAUGGCGAGGGUGAGGAAUGCAUUGAUCCAAUGGACCUUCUCGAUCCUGUUGAUAUACUUUCAAAGUUGCCCAAAGAUUUUUAUGACAAAUUGGAGGAGAAGAAAUGGACGUUGCGUAAGGAGUCACUGGAAGCGCUCGAAAAACUUUUAACCGAGAAUCCAAAAUUGGAGAAUGGCGAGUAUGGUGUGCUGGUGAAUACACUGAAAAAGGUUAUCACGAAGGAUAGCAAUGUGGUUUUGGUGGCCAUGGCCGGCAAAUGCUUAGCCAUGUUGGCCAAUGGGCUGGGCAAACGUUUCGGCACUUAUGCUAUGGCCUGCAUACCCUCGCUAUUGGAGAAGUUCAAAGAGAAGAAAGCUAAUGUUGUCGCGGCAUUACGUGAAUCCACGGAUGCAAUUUAUCCUUCCACGAAUCUGGAAGCGAUGCAGGAGUGCAUUGUUGAAUCGUUGGGAAAUAAAAAUCCCAGUGUUAAAUCUGAAACGGCUUUCUUCCUAGCACGCGCCUUUGCACGCACACAACCAACCGCAAUCAAUAAGAAACUUCUAAAAUUGCUUGUGACCACACUGAUUAAGACACUAAAUGAACCAGAUCCUACAGUACGUGACGCCUCCGCUGAAGCUUUGGGCACACUGCUUAAGCUGAUGGGUGAGAAGUCCGUUGGACCAUUUUUAGUGGAGGUCGAUGCCCUGAAGAUGGCAAAAAUCAAGGAAUGCCAAGAGAAGGCUGAGAUUAAAGUGAAGGUGGUGGGAGUUAAAAAGGAGCGUCCUGCUACAGCGCCAGCCACAAAAGCAGUGGCAGCCGCUUCGUCAGCUGGCAAUGCGGCUUCGGGUGCAUCAUCGCGUAGCGGCUCAACUGAACCGAAGGCAGUGUCACGUCCUGCAACUGCAGGCAACAAAAAACCUGUAGCCAAACGCGCUGCGGGUGGGGGUGGUGGUGCAGGGGGUGGUGCACCACUCGCUAAAUCAGCCAGCAGCGCUAAAGUGUUGGCCACUGAACGUGAGAUGUCACUAGAGGAGGUGCAAGCCAAAGCCGAGGAGUUAUUACCACCCGAUAUAUUAGCUGGUUUGAUUGACUCGAAUUGGAAGAAUCGUUUGGCAGCAUGCGAGAAUUUACUUCAAGUAAUUGGCGAUUUCGACGCUAAGCAAUCGGGCGUAUCACAGGUACUUGUGCGUAUGAUUAGCGCACGCAAACCGGGUUUAAAGGAGAUGAACUUCCAAGUGCUGAAGCACAAGCUCGAUAUCAUACGCGUCGUAGCCGAAACUUAUCCGCUAACAGCAACCACAAUCGAUUUGGUGGUCAAUGAAGUGACCGAAAAAUUAGCAGACAUUAAAAACGGCUCCACCGCGGCUGAUGUGUUGACCGCCUUUGCUGAGGCCAUCAAAUUGGAGCACAUAGUUGGACGUGUACUCUCCUUCGCUUUCGAGCAGAAAUCGCCGAAAGUGCAGUCUGAAGCCUUGAAUUGGGUGAGCAAAUCCAUACUAGAGUUUGGUUUUCAAAUACAACCUAAACUGCUGCUGGAUGACGUGCGCAAAGCGGUGCAAAGCACAAAUCCUACAGUGCGCAGUGCCGCUAUCGGUCUACUCGGCACGAUGUCCAUGUACAUGGGCAGUACACUAAUGAUGUUCUUCGAUAGCGAGAAACCGGCAUUGAAGUCGCAAAUACAAACAGAGAUGGAUAAGAAUGCUGGCGAGAAGCCACCGAAACCGGUGCGUGGCGUUAAGAAAUCAGCUGUCAGCUCAGGCGGUGGAGGUGGCACUGGCGCCGGUGAUGCCGACGAUGAUGCUGGCGAUGAUGAUGAGCCGCAAGAGCAAAUGAAUUUGGCGGAUAUGUUGCCACGCAUUGACAUUGCACCACAAAUUACGGAGACCCUGCUGAAGGAGAUGUCCGACAAGGACUGGAAGACACGCAAUGAGGGUCUCAACAAGCUACAAACAAUUAUAAGCGAAGCUAAGCUGAUUAAACCAACAAUUGGUGAUUUAGCGCCAGCACUGGCAUUACGCCUGCUUGACUCAAAUGCUAAAAUCGCGCAAACCGCCAUGUCCAUCUGCGAACAGCUGGCCAAUGCCAUGGGUUCGAGCUGCAAGAGUCAUGUGCGCACACUGUUCCCCGGUUGCUUGCAUGCACUGGGCGAUAAUAAAGCCGCUGUGCGCGCUGCCGCCUUGAAUUGCAUCAACAGUUUCGGCGAAAAGGGUGGCUACAAAGAAUUCUUCGAAAGUGAAAUGAUUGCCGAUGCGCUGAAAACCGGUUCACCAGCUUUAAAAUCCGAACUAUGGGGUUGGCUAGCCGAGCGCUUGCCACAAAUGCCUCCCAAAUCCAUACCCAAAGAGGAGUUAACCUCGAUGGUGCCGCAUUUGUAUGCGCACAUUUGUGAUCGCAACGUUGAUGUGCGUAAGAAUGCCAACGAAGCGGUGUUGGGCAUAAUGAUACAUUUGGGUUUCGAGAAUAUGGUAAAAGCGCUCGAUAAGCAGAAACCAGCAUCUAAAAAGGAUAUACAAGCGGCUUUAGAUAAGGCACGUCCCAAUUUGCCGAUGAAACCGUUGCCUAAAGGCAAACAGCAGGCACCCAUUGAGGAGCCAGCUAAGAAGGUAGUACGCGGCGGUGGUGGUGGCGCUCAGAAAACUACUACAGCUAAGGGUGGUGCUGCAAGUGCAGCAGAUAAGUCUGGCGGUUCGUCGCGUAAGAAAGACGAAGAUGUGGACACGUCACCACUCCUGGCGAUUAAUAAUUCCAAGAAUCAACGUUUGAUUGACGAGCAGAAAAUGCGUGUAUUGAAGUGGACCUUCACCACGCCACGAGAGGAAUUCAUCGAGCUGCUGCGCGAACAAAUGACCACGGCCAAUGUAAACAAAGGACUAAUGGCCAACAUGUUCCACGACGACUUUAGGUACCAUUUGAAAGUGAUCGAGGCUCUGAACGAAGAUUUGCCGAACAACAGCAAAGCAUUAGUCUGUAAUCUGGAUUUAAUAUUGAAAUGGCUUUCACUCCGUUUUUACGAUACGAAUCCUUCAGUCUUACUGAAGGGUCUCGAGUAUCUUAAUCAAGUUUUCCAGACAUUGGUCGAAAUGGAGUAUAUACUGGCAGAGAAUGAGGGUAGCGCAUUCAUACCACAUUUACUGCUAAAGCUUGGCGAUCCGAAAGACGCCGUACGUGUUGGUGUACGCUCCUUACUGCGUCAAAUCUUGCUCGUCUAUCCCUAUACCAAAGUAUUUGCCUACGUUAUGGAUGGCCUCAAGUCCAAGAAUGCGCGUCAGCGUACCGAAUGCUUGGAUGAGCUGGGUUAUUUGAUUGAAAACUACGGACUAACGGUGUGCCAGCCUUCGCAACAGGUGGCAUUAAAAGAGAUUGCGCGACACAUUUCCGAUCGUGAUAAUUCGGUGCGUAAUGCAGCACUAAAUUCCGUUGUACAAGCAUACUUCUUAGCCGGCGAAAAGGUAUACAAACUAAUCGGGCAAUUGAAUGAAAAAGACCUGUCCAUGUUGGAUGAACGCAUAAAACGCGCCAAAAAGACACGCAAACCCACAACAGUGGCGGCGGAUACAACAACAGCGUUGGGCAUCGGCGGUGGCGUCGCUGGUGGUGCUGGUGUUGCUGGUGUUGCUAAAACAGGCGCACAGGUCGUGCAGCAGGAUAGCAUUGAAAUCGAUGAGCCGACAACGAAUGGCGCUUACGAUGAGCUACCGCCGGCCGACGAGCAGCCAAUGCCGGCAGCAAGUGUGCAAUUGCAAACGAAUGCGUAUGAAGCAAAUGCCAGUACGGAUGAAAAAGACAAGCGCGCCACUUCGCUCAUAAGACAAGCAACAUUCGAUCAGCCUGCAUCCACACAGUAUCAAUAUCAACCGCCCAAAGUGAGUGGGCCCUUCGGUCUAGAUCCCGAAGUUAUAUCGGAAAUCGAAAAGGGUUGGGUACGUGUUGAUCAAAUGCAGCCGGUGGUGGUGCCACAAGUAGAUGUCUCGCUACUAUAUGAACCCGUCAAAAUCAUACCGACACGUGACAAUGUCAAAUAUCCAGAGGAGAAAUUCGAGCAAUUAAUUUCCCGUUCGCAUUAUAUGCAACAGGGUGUGCAUAAUACACCGCCGCCAUCGUCAGCGCAUGCGAGCGGCGGUUGUGCAUCGCCGUACAUGAGCCCUCAACAGCAUAUACACCACCAGCAGCAAAUGAAUGCAACCACCGUGUAUGGUGGCGGCGGCCUCGGUUGUGGCAGCAGUAGCAGUAUGCAUACAACGGCUAACCUUGUUGAUGUACUACCCAAACACGAUCCUCAACUAAUCAAAAUGAUCAAGUCCAUAAGCAGUGUUGAUACACUAAAGGCACGCGCCGCCAUCAGCGAACUGACCGAGAUCGUCGACUCACCCGAAAAGCAGGCCGUGCUCCGUGACUAUGAGGAAAUUUUCAUACAAAAUGUGCUGGCACAAUUCAAGAAUCUAUCACAGGUGCCGAUCACCGAAUCGUUGGUUGUUUACCAACCGCUACUAUCCAUACUCUACUCAUUUUUCCACUCCAAAACGUUGGGUAAAACGCUGAGCGUUGCCUGCAUCAAGAAUUUAAUGUCCGCACUGUUGAAUCUCAUGGCCGAUCAGAAGCUGAAUACCGGCGAUGAUGGUCAAUAUAAUAAGGUUAUCAACGGCAUUUGCUUGAAGGUGUUGGAUAAAGCAAAUUUCACGAAUUUAAACUGCGCUUUGAUACGUCUGUUGCGCGAAACCUGCCCGGUAGCUGGCUUGCCGAAAUUCACCGACCUGCUUAUGAAAUGUAUUUGGCGUAAUGUGAAGAUGUUACCCGAACGCACCAAUGAACUGAACUACGAUGCCGUCAUAUUAGAGGUGCAUGAAUUCAUGCUGGCCUUGCCAAGCAGCUGGUGGCAGACACGACCAUCCGACACGCCCUUACGCACGGUCAAAACUAUUAUACACAAUAUGGCCAAGGUGAAAGGCAAUGCCAUAUUGAAUCAUCUCAAUCAGAUACCGACACAUUCAGAAUUGCAUACUUAUUUGAUUAAAAUACUGAAGAAUUUGGCUAAAGAGGGUCACAUACCGAGCGCAUCACCACAACGCUCCGCCUCGGCUAAGGAUAUGCAUGGCAAACGCAUUUCGAAUCAAACGCAUGAAACAAUGUCACAGAUAUUCAAAUUAAUCUCAGAUAAGGAAACAAAGCAGCAGGGUUUGCUGAAACUCUACGAGUUCAAGGUACAAAAUUCCGAAAUCGAUUUGUCAACGUUCCUUAAAGGUGCCAGUCCCAGCUUCCAGAAAUACAUUGAAGAUGGUUUGGCCGAUAUCGAACGCGCUGUGGCCCAGUCUGGCGGUGCGGGCGAUGGCUUACAGCGUGCGCAAAAUGGUGAUAAUCGCGUAGCCUCAUCACGUUAUUCUUAUCUGACAGAUGCCAAUUUCCAAUAUCAAACAACAACAGCAAGCGGUUUGGGUCACAGUAGUGGUGGUGGCAGCGCGGGCGGUGCCAAGACUGCCGAUCCGGACUUUUGGAUGGAUCGCUUGAAUCACCUCAUCUCGAAGGCGAAUCUCAGUCGCAACGCUGACGGCAUGAGCGCCACACACACAAUGCUUAUGGACAAUAAAGUUGCCGAUGAGAAUCUGAAUUUGAACUCGAUGAAUGCGCAACAAAAGAUGUCUUCUCUCAUACGAAGAGAUGUGAAUAAGCCCGAAUUAUCGCCGAAUCGCCUGCAGCACUUACAAGCUAAAUUGGCGGCGUUCAAGAAGGAGAAUCACGCAUAGAUUGCCGCUUAAUUGUGGAAUUCAACUGCAGGUAUACGCAAGCUUUCAAAGCUUACUGAGCGACGUUGCACCGAUUUGACUGGCAAAUGUGUUGGACGGAGCAACAAACUUAAUUUUGCUAAAGGUGAAAAUAUAUACUAAAUAAUAAUAGAAAACAAGCUUUGUAGUAUUGUAGCGCAAGAAAAAACAACAAUAACAAAGCGUUGCAUAUGCAAAAUUUACAAAUCAACAAAAAUCUACAAGCGAGUAUAAGUAAAAUUUUCAUAAGAUUAAGGAAGGUACAGGAGACACUGAAAGCAAACGUUUAUAUAUACAUUAAAUAAUAGUAAGAGAGUUAGGCUGCAGGACGAAAAUUACAAUGAAAGCGGCAGUGUGAAACAACAAAAUCAAGAAAGCAAGAAAGAAGUGAAAAUCAGUAAUGGCCGCAACAAAAGUACUAAUAAUUAUAUAUUACUAAUAAAGCAUUACUCUUAAUUACAACAAUUACAACACAAUACAUAUACACAAACACACUCAUACAUAAAAACAUCAAUACACUCCCAUACACCUGGUAUUUAUGCUAAAUAUAAAUUUUACUAUAUAUUCUUAAAUUAUUACCAAAACUGAUAUAUAAAAACAAAAACAAAAUACCAAUGAAGUUGAAAUUGCAAAAAAAAAACAUUUAAAUUGAUUAAUUAAUAUACAUAUAUACAUGCAUACUAAUAAAAGGAAUGGAAUUAUACAUGUCGAUUGUCAUUGAGUAUAAUGUUAGUUUAAUAACAGUAAAACAAAUGCAAAUAAAUUGAAUUUACAUUUGAAACCUUAAGUCAAGAAAUCGAAGCGCAUGUAUUUGAAAUGUGUGAACACACCCUAAUAACUGCGGUUUUCCUUGAAGUCUGGAAUUUAAGUAAAUAAGUUAUUCAUAUAUAGUGUUAGGCAAAGACCUGUAUGAUUGCAAAUUAUUUCAAACAAUACAACAACAAAUGGAAUUAGAGAAAAAAUCUAAUCAAAUAGGAGGAUUUUUUUAGCAAAUGGCUGUAGUUGUUAUUACUUUUAAUUCGCUGUUUUGGAAGAUUCAGAGAGCUUAUGAUGUGCGUUUAUGAAGUUGUGUACUACAUACUUCUCGUUGUAAAGCGCACUUAUUAUUUUGUUUUGGUUUUUAAGUUCCUUUAGUGGAAUACUUGCUGCGAAUCGAAGUUAGAACAAUGUGACGUACAGAGCUGGAUGCAAAUGAAGCGAAAUAU